GGGAGGAAGGGAGCGCGAGCCGCGAGGGCUCCCGCUACGGCAGGCCGCUUCCCCGCCGCCACCCGGACGGAGGCCCCCCGCCAUGGCCAAGCACGUUUUCCUGACGGGACCGCCAGGAAUUGGAAAAACAACACUGAUCCAGAAAGCCACUGAAGUUUUAAAAUCAUCCGGUAUUCCUAUUGAUGGAUUUUAUACAGAAGAAGUGAGAGAAGGUGGCAGGAGAAUAGGAUUUGAUGUUGUCACUCUGAGUGGAAGAAGAGGAAUUUUGUCUAGAGUUGGCUCUGGUCCUUCCACAGCAAGGCGUGAAUACCGCGUUGGCCAGUAUGUAGUGGAUCUAAUGUCAUUUGAACAGCUGACUCUUCCUUUGUUGAGAAAUGCUGAUCUUGGCAGUAGCACAGUGAAAAAGGUCUGCGUAAUUGACGAGAUUGGUAAAAUGGAGCUCUUCAGCCAGUCCUUUAUUCAAGCUGCCCGUCAAAUUCUGAUUGGAUCAGGAACUGUGAUUCUUGGAACAAUCCCAGUGCCUAAAGGAAAGCCCUUGGGGCUUGUGGAGGAGAUCAGAAGUAGGAAGGAAGUGAAGGUCUUCAAUAUUACAAAGGAGAAUAGAGACAGCAUUUUGCAAGAUAUUGUGGCAGCUGUGCAGAGCUGCCUAAAAUGAUACACACCAUUUUAUGUGUUUUUUCCAUCCCAGUGCAACCUCCAUCUCUUUCUUUUUCAAAAUAAUUUUUAUUAAAGAUUUUCCUCGUUUACAAAA